UGUAUUUUUAACGAUUUAUUUUCAACGGAGACUAAAAAAACAGCGAUUAUUCUUUUUGCUCUCUCUCUUUAUAACCAAGCUGAGUUUUUAUUUUUAAUCCGUUCAUAUAUUAGUGUGCUCUUACCAUUCGUUCAAGACUGCAAUGUGUGAUUGUUUACGUUUAUCACACAGCUAACUAAAGCUACUCUUAUAGUCUGCACGCAUGAAAUGACGAUAAAGGCUGCUUCAUUUCUUGGUUUCUCUUUAGAGUGUAUUUAAACGCCAGACCUCUGUUCAGUGGACAGGAGGGGUGAGUCUGAGGAAUCUGGUGAUGAUGAGACCAAGAGGAAGAGUCUCAAUGGAGAGGUCGACUCCUUGCAAGCCCCUUCGACUGUACCUGAGGAGUCACCUGUUGACAUGGACACCAUAACCUUAGAUCCAGAUGAAGAGGAUGUGGAUCUGGUCCACUGUCGCAUUGGGAAGAUUGAGGGUCUGGAGGUUCUUCGGAAGGCAAAGACGAUUUCUCUUAGGCAAAACCUCAUCAAACACAUUGAGAACUUGGACAGCCUCGUCUCAUUGAGGGAACUCGAUCUUUAUGACAACCAGAUCCGCAAACUAGAGAAUCUUCAGGCCCUAACAGAGCUUGAGCAGCUAGAUGUAUCGUUCAACUUAUUGAGGAAGAUUGAGGGAUUGGAGUGUCUCACAAAAAUCAAGAAGCUCUUCUUGCUUCAUAAUAAGAUUACAAGCAUUGCCAACCUUGAUCAACUGACGAGCCUCCAGAUGCUUGAACUGGGGUCUAACCGCAUCAGGGUUAUUGAGAAUCUGGAUUCUCUUACUACUUUGGAGAGUUUGUUCCUUGGCACGAAUAAAAUCACUCGGCUACAGAACCUCGAUGGAUUGCACAGUCUGACGGUUCUCAGUAUCCAGAGUAACCGCAUCACGAAGUUGGAAGGAAUGCAGAAUCUUGGGAAUCUGCGAGAGCUUUACUUGAGUCAUAAUGGCAUUGAAGUCAUUGAGGGCCUGGAGAACAAUAAAAAGCUGACAACUUUGGAUAUCGCUGCGAACAGGAUAAAAAAGAUUGAAAAUAUCAGCCAUUUGACUGAAUUAAAAGAAUUUUGGAUGAAUGACAACCAAAUUGAUAACUGGGCAGACUUGGACGAACUCAAAAACGCCAAAGGUCUAGAGACUGUCUAUCUGGAGAGAAACCCUUUGCAGAAGGACCCUCAAUACAGACGCAAGAUCAUGUUGGCUCUUCCCAGUGUCAGGCAGAUAGAUGCCACCUUCAUCCGUUUCUGAUCAUCCACCUCAUUGUGCCCUCCCUCACCCAAACCAUCUACAGCAUAUUAUAAACGCACCACUACCAUAUUACCCUCAUGCACCUCAUGGACACCGUAUGCCCUAUUUAUCUCUUUUAUUUACUUUUUAACAACAAAAAAGAAGAAUCUCCCACUCCCAGUGUUGCCAUUCCACGUGCUGGCACCUUUUACUCACACAGAGACUAUGACUUGCGCUAUAGUGUGAAUGCUUGUUAAUUUAUUUUCAGUUUGAACUCAAAGGAGCUGGCGCCUGUUGUUCGGAAUAUAUAUCAGCGCUAAAUCUUACUGCCCUUAGCAUUUCGGUUAGGAAAUAAUUUCAUCAUAGUUACCCCUUCUCUCUUCCAUCAAUUGAAAAUCAGAAAUUUCCACCCUGUAUGAUUUACAUCAGGCUUAAUUACUAUACGAGCUGGUAAAAAGGUCAGCGUUCACGUUGCAUUCAGGUACUAAAGAUGGCUAUGAGGAGCUUCUUAUUCUUUGAUGUGAUCAGGGACUGUUUCCGUGAGUGUUAUGCUCUUAUGGAUUCUGUUUGCAUAUCAGUUCUGUUUCUGGUUGUAGCAAUAUGGCUGGUUGAAAUGACAUGACGCAUAUUGUUCACUCUUCAUUAAUGCUGAAUAUUAUUAGAGAUUAAUUCCAUUAUAAACUAAGGUUAUGCCACACAAUCUUAAGUGAUUUUAGGGAUGCAACAGAGCAAGGUGAUGUCAGGGGAUUAGUAUUUUUUUUAUUACUUUUUUUUUUGCACUCAAAAUAUUCACACAGAAGCACCUCAUGUUAUAGUAUGAUCUGCGGAGUUGUUUUCUUCCCCCGCAAUAGGAGGUGAAUGGAAGAGGCCACAGUGUGGUGACUGUGUUUGGUCACUCCCAUUUGCCAUGAGGGAGGGGGGUCGGAGGGGUUUCUUUAUGGAAUGAACCCAGUCCCUUUAAAAGGGUUAAAGAACAACUGAAUCGGAUUGCUUUUAAUUUGCUUGAAUUUUCACUUUGUUUUACAAGCUUGGUUGACUGUUUCAGAAUUGAAUGUAUUAUAAAUAAACUGAAUUUGAACAAUGCUCACCCUUAUGGUGUUUGUUUUGUAUUUAAGGCAUGCAGGUAACCUCUGAUUUCACAAUGCAACCUGUUUCACAUAAAUAUUAAUAUGUAAAUACCGCAUUAGUGGAUGCUGCUGAAAACAGCAAUGUUGGGAAGGCCAAGAUCCUAAUGGAAAUGUUUAAAGAAAGUAUAUUCUCAGUAACAGCAUUCAUAAAUACCAGAUACAUCUUGUGCAUGAUUUUGAUUGACACUGAGACUUCUAAGCUUUUAAUAAAAACUGACACUAUAAAAUGGUCUGAAUAGAAAAGGUCGUGCAUGAGUCGUAUUCAAAUCAAAUAUUUGUCAUUAAAUCAUGUUAUA